AUGCGAACCAGUAAAUAUAUCUUCAGUGUUGAAAUUGCUGUUAAACCCUUUGCACCGUAUUCUGUUUCUUCCUCAGUGGCUAAUGACAGUGCUCCAGAGCACGCCCUGCGGCCUGGCUUCUUAUCCACAUUUGCCCUCGCAACAGACCAAGGCAGCAAACUCGGACUUUCAAAAAACAAAAGCAUCAUCUGCUACUAUAAUACCUAUCAGGUGGUUCAGUUCAAUCGCUUACCUCUGGUGGUGAGUUUCAUAGCCAGCAGUAACGCCAACACAGGACUUAUUGUCAGCCUAGAAAAGGAGCUGGCUCCGUUAUUUGAAGAACUGAUAAAAGUUGUGGAAGUGUCCUAAUCUCACAGUGGUUUUGAUGUACACCUUGUCUUCAUUGAAGCAACACUGCACCAGUCCAGCAAUCUUCAGGCCGCCGUACUUCUUGUAUCUAUUUACUGAAAGGGCCGCUUUUCCAUCUUACACUAAAGAAGAGCCUGUCCCUAUAAUGUAUAGACAGAUCAAUUGUUAUAUUUAUGUGUAUAAAGUCUUUUCUUACUUAGUGAGAUCUGGGAAUGCCACAGAAACGGUUCACUCUAUUGCAGCUCCCGUGGAGUUAAGUGCCGAGGG